UUGCCGCCGCGCGCCCGCAAAGCACAGGCAGGUGCAGGCGCAGCCGCGGCGCCAGCGGGCAGAGCGGAGCGGUUAGCGCGCCCGCCGUCCGGGCGUCUGUCCGUCAGUCCGUCGGAACAUCUGUCCGUCGGCACGCCGCAGCUCCCGCCCAGGCCCCGCGGCCCCGGCCCCUAGCAGUCCCGCACCCGCAGCCGCCUGGCGGAGCCGGCUUUGACGCGGCAGCCAUGUCCAUGGGCCUGGAGAUCACGGGCACCUCGCUGGCGGUGCUGGGCUGGCUGAGCACCAUCGUGUGCUGUGCGCUGCCCAUGUGGCGCGUGACGGCCUUCAUCGGCAGCAACAUCAUCACGGCGCAGACCAUCUGGGAGGGCCUGUGGAUGAACUGCGUGGUGCAGAGCACCGGCCAGAUGCAGUGCAAGGUGUACGACUCGCUGCUGGCGCUGCCGCAGGACCUGCAGGCGGCCCGCGCCCUCAUCGUCGUCGCCAUCCUCCUAACUGCCUUCGGGCUCCUCGUAGCGCUCGUGGGCGCCCAGUGCACCAACUGCGUGCAGGACGACUCGGCCAAGGCCAAGAUCACCAUUGUGGCGGGCGUGCUUUUCCUGCUGGCGGCCUUGCUCACCCUGGUGCCGGUGUCCUGGUCGGCCAACACCAUCAUCCGGGACUUCUACAACCCGCUGGUGCCCGAGGCACAGAAGCGCGAGAUGGGCGCCGGCCUGUACCUGGGCUGGGCGGCCGCGGCGCUGCAGCUGCUGGGGGGCUCGCUGCUCUGCUGUUCUUGCCCACCCCGCGAAAAGUACGCGCCCGCCAAGAUCAUCUACUCCGCUCCGCGUUCAGUUGGACUCGGGAGCACCGCCUACGACCGCAAGGACUACGUCUGAGGGGGCGGCCGCGAGGAGAGCCCACCAUCCCCACGAUAUGGGGCGCCCACCAGUCAAGCGUGCAGCCUCGCAUCGGAGACCAGCCAACCCCAGAUGCCAGGCAGCUCUCUCGCUGGACUGAAAGGGGCCAGCCCGGCCCCCCUUUCCCUAGCUACCAUCCCUCCGCCGGCUGGGGAGCGGGACUGUGGCACCCAGGGAACAGCCCGCGGGGACAAUGAAACCUCGCGCCCCUCUGGAACGCGGGACUGGGUUGGCCGCCACUAUUUGCCUGCCCCAUCGGGCUGCGGCCCCAAAACCUGCGUUGGGCAGGGACUGGAAGCCUUGAAAAGGGCCACUUGAUAUUUGUCAAUAAAAUCCUUUCGUUUUGCA